ACCGGGGGCCGCCGCUGCCGCCCACGCCCAGGGGCCCGGGCCGGGGCGGGGUCUGCGCUGCCCGCCGGGGCCGGGGCCGGGGCCGGGGCCGAGCCGAGCCGAGCCGAGCCCCGACGAGCGGCUCGGGGCCCCGGGCGCGCCGCCAUGACGGGCAGUAAUAUGUCUGAUGCUCUUGCAAAUGCAGUAUGUGAACGCUGCCAGACUCGAUUUGAUCCUGCCGAGAGGAUUGUGAACAGCAAUGGGGAGCUCUAUCAUGAAAACUGCUUUGUCUGUGCUCAGUGCUUUCGUCAGUUCCCAGAUGGACUUUUUUACGAGUUUGAAGGCCGGAAGUACUGCGAGCAUGACUUUCAGAUGCUGUUUGCUCCUUGCUGUGGGGAAUGUGGUGAGUUCAUCAUUGGGCGUGUUAUCAAGGCAAUGAACAAUAACUGGCACCCAGAAUGUUUCCGUUGUGAGCUCUGUGAUGUAGCACUUGCUGACCUGGGUUUUGUGAAGAAUGCUGGCAGGCAUCUGUGCAGGCCAUGCCAUAACCGUGAAAAAGCUAAGGGCCUGGGCAAGUACAUCUGUCAGAAGUGCCAUCUGAUAAUUGAUGAGCAGCCGCUGAUGUUUAGGAAUGAUUCCUACCAUCCAGAUCACUUCAACUGCACCCACUGUGGGAAGGAGUUGACUGCUGAGGCCCGGGAACUGAAAGGAGAACUGUAUUGCCUGCCCUGCCAUGACAAGAUGGGAAUCCCCAUCUGUGGAGCCUGCCGCAGGCCCAUUGAGGGACGAGUGGUCAAUGCUCUGGGAAAGCAAUGGCAUGUUGAGCAUUUUGUUUGUGCCAAAUGUGAGAAGCCAUUCUUGGGGCACCGACACUAUGAGAAAAAAGGACUGGCUUAUUGUGAAACUCACUAUAACCAGCUCUUUGGCGACGUCUGCUACAACUGCAGCCACGUGAUAGAGGGAGAUGUGGUAUCAGCUCUUAACAAGGCCUGGUGUGUGAAUUGCUUCUCCUGCUCCACCUGCAACAUCAAGCUUACACUGAAGAAUAAGUUUGUGGAGUUUGACAUGAAGCCUGUAUGCAAGAAAUGCUAUGAGAAAUUCCCACUGGAGCUGAAGAAACGCCUGAAGAAGUUGUCGGAGCUGGCAUCCAAGAAGGCACACCCCAAAGCUCUGGAUUUAAACUCAGCUUAAACAGGUCUGUCAGUCUACUGACUGUACUCUUACAGUCAUAAGAUGCUGCGCACAGCAGCUAUUGAUGUCAGAGAGAACAAAUGAACUAAGAACAAGUGAAAGAACUAAGAACAAGUGAAACCAAAGAUAAGUAGUACCUUCCCCUGCUUCUGGUAAUGUGGCUUGCAUCUUUACUAUCCCUUUUCUCAAGCAGUUUUCUAUUAACACUGGCACAAAGAGCAGUUUACAGACUGGUUAUUAAUUUGCUAAUAACUUUUUUUGCCUUUGUUGAGCUGUACGCAAUCUUUCCUUCUUCAACUGAACUGUACUUCUCUUUCCAGUCCUCUAUAGUCUAAAGAAUUUGGAAAUACUGGUUGAGUGUAGGGGUGGAAGAAAUGUGUGGUUUGCUCUUUUUUUUUGGUUAAAAUAUAAAUAUUUCUCUUCUUACCCUGGGCGAAGACUUUUUUUUUUUUAAAUAUCCAGGCAAAUACUCUGAAAGCUGUCACUCCUUGCUACAUGCAAGAUGCAGUAGUCAUUGUCCAGAUUCCUCCUGAGCAUAUAUGGAUGCUGUACAGUCCUUCUGGUUUGCAGGUUUACUGAGUAAGCCCAGAAGCCAAUAGUUAUUGUACUUGAUGGCAUCUACAUUGCCUACUUGUCUGACUCAGGACCAAUGAUAAGGCAGCUGAAGAAGUUUUCUUUGCUGCUUCCCUAUUCAACAGUAAGAAGAUUGCAGUUACCAAGGCCAAGUCAGCUUCUUCAAAAUAGUUGGGCUCUCCAUGAGGAGGAGGUGGCUAUGGAAAAGGACAAUUAUUUUUUUUUAGAAACUGACACUAUAAUUUUCUCAGUCUGUUCUCUACUACAUCAUGGCUACUAGAGCUUCCAGUGGUCAACACAAAGCAUGUCCUGUCCACUGACACAGCUGAUGUUUCUUGAGGCAGUGUGGCUAAAGCUGUAGUCAUUCUUUUGCAUGAUGAAAUCCAGUUUAUAAUAUGGUAUUAAUUUAAGUGCUUCAGUUUCAAAUCCAGUCCUUCUCACCUUAUUUGAAAGGUGAGAAUAAUACUCUUAGGUCACUAUCCAGAAAGCGUAGUUACAUGAAGGAAUUUCUAAUAUUUAGAGUUGAUAGCAGAUGCAAUUUUGUGGAGAAAAAAUAGUAAAUAUUUUUCUUAAAUUUUUCAACCAAGUAAGAGUUACCCAUCAACUUUCUUCUUAAGACCUGAGUGUACUUAAAGAGAGGACCUCAGACUUCAAUCUGUACCUCUUAAGAGUACAGUUUUGCUUCCAGGUUUCUUUCUGCUCGAUAGUUUUCCCUGUCACUAGUGCAGUUUCACUGGUCCUACUGCCUCUGCUAGUACAACCCAAAGUGCUGAGAAGCGUAUUGGUUUUGAACAUUCUCAGUACUUCUUUAAGGGUGAGCCAUCAGCAGAGAUGUUCUGAGUCCACCUGUGAGCUACUGAGACCUUUGGAGGUGUGUCCUGUGGUUUCCUGUGCUGAACUUAGCUGAGCAGCCUGAGAAUCCCUUUCCAUGAAUAUUUGGAGACUAUCUGCCCUUUUUGCAAGGUGAACAGGAUGGAAGGCACUGGAGGACUGCUGUCCCAUGUGUGACUUAAAUCUGCCAAAAAGUGUAUUGUUUAGUAGGUCAAACGAAGAAAGCAGUUGGGUCUUGGCAGCACCCUGCAGCCCCAGGUGAAUUAGUUAGCAAGAAAUUAAAGCUUCCUCACUUUUGGCGUGUAUGAGCAGCAACUGGGUUGGGGCAAUAAGCUGCCUUAAAAUUGCUCUCACUGCCAUCAUACUCUGCUCAGCAUGGAUCUACACAAGAUGAUAGCUAAAGCACUGAUAGCUGUUAACAAGUGUGCUGUAGCCACUACCCAUGAAACUGCACCAGCAAUAUAUCAUAGCAAUGGUGAGAAAUUCUGGUUAACUGUGUGCAGGUAAGAAUCCCACCAUCUCUUAGAUACUGGUUUUCCUAAUUCAAUUUCCUUCAGCUGCUUUGCUUUUUUGUUGUCUUAAUCUACCAUAAGCUCUUAACUGGGGUAUACUGCAUCCACUGUAACACUUAUGAGGGGAUAGGCUUUAAUCUGAUGGUAGAACUCUUGCAUCGUCUUCUGACCAAUGUGCACUGCAGAUUACACUAAUAGUAGCUGCUUUUGUCACUGCUUUAGGAGAACGUGCGACUUGUCCCUGUUCUCUCACUAGCCUUUAAAUGGUCUUUUAGUUAAGGGCACAAAGAGCAGCAUGUCUUUUAGUGCAGUAGUAUGUGGCCACUGAAAAGACUGGUCUUGUAAGCCUAUUCUUUGGCAUUUGGUUGACACAGUAAAGCACAAAACUUCAGAUCUAGGUGCAAUUCACUAUGUUACACAGAUUCUUCUCAGCACAAAGCAUGGAGGUCUGUUCCUAUAAUCUUAGUCACAGGCCACACCUAAUGCCAAAUCUGAGCAGCUGUGUGUCUUCAGCUUCCUGGGAAAAUGGUGGAAGAACACAAAGCUGCAUGCUUACUAGUAAAUGCAGAAUGGCUGUUUAGCUGGCAGUAGGAAAUACUCUUUUAGUGGCCACUCAAGUUCAGCAAUGGAAAAUGCAUGCAUGUAGAGGCAAAUGGAAUUACUACUGCAAGUAGAGAUUUAGUGUGUCCUCUCACUUUGUCUCAUGUUAGAAAUUCAGUAGACCGAAUAAGCUUCAGCUUUCAAAGGAUAGUCGAUAUCAUUUUCAUUCAUAAGCUGUUCAGUUCUUUACAAUCUGGAUUUUGCCCUUAUCUUCAGAGCAUUUCUCAAAAUUAGUGGAGGGAAAAAAUCAUAGUCAUUGAUCUCUAUAAGUAGCAUAUUGUGACGAUAUGUUAGCAUCUCUUAAAUUAUUACUUUUUCACAAUUACCUUUCUUAUCCUGCCAUGUGCAGAGAUAGAAUAAUUAACGUUACUCCUGUACCUUUCGUGAGACAGUGGAAUUGAGGGAGUAAGAGAAAUAAUUAUAAAUACUUUGAAGAAGUGCAUCUUCCCUUUACCUUUUUGAGUCUACUUUUUUAGAAAAUAAGUAGAAGAUAAUGCAGACUUAAAAAUUCUACUUAGUGUGUUGACAGGCUGAUGUUUUUUUUUUUAAAUAAAGUCAAGGUCUUGGUCAGAAAUAAGCUGCAUGCUUUUUUCAUUGCUGUAAAUAGACAUUCUGACCAAAUUCAUCCUAGGUGUCAUACCACUGGAGAGCAUAGAUUUAUAUCAAGGCUGAAUUUGGCUCAGAAGUCUAUACUGACUAAAAGCUGUUGUCUCAUUAUAUACAUUUAUAGUUUACAUUCAUAUUUAUACUGAAUUACAAUGACUAAUAUUCACUGACUACACUUGAAAAUGGUUAUGCUUUUAAAAAUCACAGCAUGUGAAGCUUAUUUGUAUUAAAAGGGUAUGUUAAUCACUUGCUAUCUUUCUUUAUGGCAAACUAAUCUGCUAUCUAGGGUUUCCAUCCCAGCCUUUAUUUUCACAACAGUCUGUGCAAUGUAUGCAAAUGUCCAGCCUUCUGUACAGAAAGCUUCUAGAUGUUGUGUUUUGUAUUAGAUGAUGUGACUGACGCUUUUAAAUCAGUGGUUAGAUGGUGAAGGAAUAGGUUGCAGACAAAUGUAAUAAAUGCAGUUGCACUAGUCUGUAAAGCACCAUUAAGUGCUAAGGAUGGCACAGACUGAGUAAAAGAAUUAGCAGCUAUUAGUCAUGGUUCAGGCCUUUAUGAUAAGUGUAGAUUCUGCACAGUGUGGAGCUCUCGUUUUAUCACACAUUGCUUAUGCUGUCUAACCUAACAUGUGACUGUGGAUUGAAAUACUGUAAUACUAUACCUGUUUGUGUUCCUGUAAUAAAGUUAAUUGUAAUACA